CUUCCUUCCCUCUCUCUCCCUCUUUCUGUUUCUACCCCCCUUUCUCUCUCUCUCUGUCUCUCUCUCCCCUCUCUCUCUCUCUCUUGCUUCCUCUUCAACCUUCCCUCCAGUUUGGUGUGUGCAAGAAAAGUCUCAGGGCUGCUCGGAACUUGUUGGCAAUGCCUGGAGAACAGAAACCCCCUAUAUUUUCCCAAGUCCCACUUUAAGAAAAGGAGAGAACAGAGAAGAAAGAAAGAAAGAAAGAAAGAAAGAAAGAAAGAAAGAAAGAAAGAAAGAAAGAAAGAAAGAAAGACGAUCUGCAGUCGCAAAUGAUUGUACUAAAUAUAGGAUGGGACUUAAGUUGAGCGGCAGAUACAUAUCUCUGGUCCUUGCUGUGCAGCUAGCAUACCUGGUGCAGGCAGUCAAAGAAGCGAGCAAGUGCGAUGCAGUCUUUAAGGGCUUCUCGGAUUGCGUGGUCAAGAUGGGCCAAAACAUUGCCAACUAUCCGCAAGACCUGGAUGACAAGAAAAAUCUCGAAACAAUCUGCCGAUACUGGGAUGACUUCCACUCCUGCACCCUCACAGCCCUCACGGAUUGUCAGGAAGGGCUGACAGACGUCUGGGAAAAACUGAAAGAGAAAUCCAAAAAGCUCGACUACGAAGGCAACCUAUUUGUCCUCUGCGGCAAAACCAACCGAGCAGCCUCGUCCCUCGUAGCCUCUGCCUCCCCGGUGCUGUUGGUGGCUCUUUCCGCCGCGUUGGCGACUUGCAUCUCCAUGUAGAAGGCCCUUCACGUCGACAGCACGCGCGGAUCCACACGACGCAGGAUUCCACCACCUUCCUUCAGCCCCCCACCUCCUUUCCCCCCGCCGCCGCCGCAGCUUCUCUCUUUCUCCAGGAAGUGGAUUUACAGAGGAAACGUCUCUGCCCCUUGGCUUGGAGCGGAGUGGGGUGGGGGAGCUUCCCCGCCUCCCCCACCCACAAGAAGUGGGGGGGAAAAACACGUUGUGAAGUCUCCGUGAUGCUGAUGAUCCCAACAUCCAUCUUGGGGAAGGACUGGGGGGCACAAGAGAGAGAAACGGAAGCCAUCACGACCAGCCUGGUCUCUCGCUCGCUCCCUCUCUCGCUUUCUCUCUCUUUUUCUUUCUCUCUCUCUCUCCCCUCUCAUUUCUUUUGCGUUCAGAUGAUUUGCCAAAUGGUCCCCAACGGUGAGCAAAGCAAACAGCCAAACUCGGACCUCAGCUUUAGUCCUCUUCUUCAGAAUUAAGGUCAACUCCAGCCCGCUUUUUCCGUGUGUGUGUGUGUGGGUGCGUGUGUAUGUGCGUGGGUGCGUGCGCGCGUGGGUGCACCAAGAAUCUCAGGAACGGCUUCCAGCCACCACCGAUUACUAAUAAAGAGUUAAUAGGUAAUAAUAAUAAUAAUAAAAAUAAUAGUAACGAUAGUAAUAAAAUAAUACUACUGCUAACACUACUCACGGCAACGAAAGAGGAGCUUGGUUCUUCCCCCACCCCACCCCCAAGCCUGGGGAAAGCAAAGCCUCUCCUGGAAAGUUGAAUUGAGCGAGGAAGCUGGAAGUGGUGGGGGAGCACGGCCGGAAAUGGAGCCACCUGAGCACGUGGGUUGAGCGGCUUUCUAAGGGGAUGAACUCACCGACGUUUGAUCUUCUCGCCUCGGAAACUCUUUUGUCGUUUUACUGAUUUGUUUUCGAUAUCCCCCCCUCCACCAUCAUUUCACUUCGAAGAACCGAGACUCCCUCCUCAAUGUAUGGCGGGAGGGGGAGGGAGGAAGAAGGAAGAACGGGGGGGAGGGGAAGGGGGAAAACAAAAUGGAAAAAAAACAAAAUGCGUUUUUUUUAGCUUAAAAGAAGCGCCCCCGUGGAAUGCUGCUAAGUGUUGCGGAAGGCUGAGCUUAAAGCCGUCAAAGCAUCCUUCAAGUCUUCACUGCCUUUUUCCGUUUAAUUCUCUUCUCUCUCUUUUUUUUUUUAAGAGUUGUCCCUCUUGUUUUAUAGGUGUUUCACCAUUAUUGGCUAUCCAACAGAUCACGGGGGUGGGGGGGAGGGAA